AUGGACCAACCUAACCAGUCCGACGAGCUAUACCCCAUCGCCGUCCUCAUUGACGAGCUGAAGCACGAUGACGUCCUGCUGCGACUGAACGCGAUCCGCCGCCUGUCGACCAUUGCCCUGGCCCUUGGAGCUGAGCGGACGCGGGAUGAGUUGAUACCCUUCCUCGAUGAAUCUGUCGAGGACGAGGACGAGGUCCUCACCGCUCUGAGCGAGGAGCUUGGCAACUUCGUGGAGUACGUCGGCGGCCCGGAGUACGGCCACGUGCUCAUCUCGCCGCUCGAGAACUUGGCCGGCAUUGAGGAGCCCUUGGUUAGGGAGAAGGCCGUUGAAUCGCUCAACAAGGUCUGCCAGGAGCUCAACCCGCAGCAGGUCGAGGAGUACUUUGUGCCCCUCACCAUCCGCCUCUCCACCGCCGACUGGUUUACGUCUAAGAUCUCCGCCACCGGUCUCUACGUGGAGCCCUACCCCAGAGCAUCCGCCCAGGCGCAGGAGAGCCUCAGGCAGCACUUUGGCAAGCUUGUCCACGAUGACACUCCCAUGGUUAGGAGGCAAGCCGCGAACAACCUGGCGAAGUUCGUGAAGGCCGGCAUGCCCCCUCAGACGGUUAUCGAAGACAUGAUUCCGCUUUUCCAGCGCUUGACCACCGAUGACCAGGACAGCGUCAGGCUCUUGACCGUCGACGUUUUGAUUGCCAUUGCGGAGGUUGUCCCCAAGGAAGAGCAGACGAGCCAUGGAGUUCUGCUUACGGCGCUGAGGCAUCUCUUCGAGGACAAGAGCUGGAGAGUUAGAUACAUGGUCGCGGACCGCUUUGAGAAGAUUGCAAAGGCCGUGGAGGAGGAGCUUAUCACAAGGGACCUUGUUCCUGCCUUUGUCAAGCUUGUGAAGGACACUGAAGCAGAGGUGCGGAGUGCUAUUGCAGGACAGAUCCCUGGCUUCUGCAGACUCCUUCCCAAGGAGACUCUUCUCCAGGAGGUUAUGCCGAACAUCGAGGAGUUGGUCUCCGACCAGUCUCAGCACGUUCGCGCUGCUCUGGGCACCCAGAUCAGCGGCCUUGCACCCAUUCUCGGCAAGGACGAGACCAUUACGCACCUGCUUCCGAUGUUCCUCCAGAUGCUGAAGGACGAGUUCCCCGACGUUCGUCUUAACAUCAUCUCGAAGCUUGAGCAAGUCAACGAUGUCAUCGGCAUCGAACUUCUUUCUCAAUCCCUUCUCCCCGCUAUUGUUCAGCUGGCAGAAGACAAGCAGUGGCGUGUGCGCCUUGCCAUCAUCGAAUACGUGCCUCUCCUUGCUAGCCAGCUCGGCGUGAAGUUCUUCGAUGAGAAGCUUAGCAGCCUAUGCAUGAGCUGGCUCGGCGACACUGUCUUCUCGAUCCGUGAGGCUUCUACCCAGAACCUUAAGAAGCUUACCGAGGUGUUUGGCGUCGAUUGGGCGAACGAGGCUAUUGUGCCUAAGGUUAUGGCCAUGGGUGCUCACCCGAACUAUCUCUACCGCAUGACGACUUGCUUUGCCAUCUCCACGCUCGCGCCCGCAUUAAGUCUGAACGUCAUCGAGGCCUCUAUCUUGCCCAUGAUGGAGAAGCUUGUCGAUGACCGCAUUCCCAACAUCCGCUUCAACGUGGCCAAGUCGUACGAGGUUCUCAUCAAUGUGCUUAAGCGUCUGCCGGAGACGGGUACGAUUGUCGAGAUCGAGAAGGCGGGCACGUCUCCCGAGGGCUCGCAACGCGGACUCGACCUCAUUCAGAACUCGAUCCUGCCCAACCUGGAGAAGCUGCAGCAGGAUGACGACGUCGACGUGCGGUACUUUGCCACGACUGCGGCGAAUAGCUUCACGGAUGCCAUGCACACGGAGCCCUAG